AUGGACGAAGAUCUACCCCCCGUGGUGCCUCCGGCACUGCAGAAUCAACCUGUACAAGCCGAGGAGGCCCCCCCAGAGCCACCAACCGUGCUGGACCUCCUCACAUGCAUCGUUGCCAUGGAAGGGUAUCUCCACCAGGAGCGCGUUAGGGCCACCAUCAAGUUUUGUCACCCUGACUCCUUCGACGGCACACGGUCUAUGGCCUGGACCUUCCUGCAGUCUGUGAAUGAUUACCUCAACCACAGCCACUGCGUCGAUCCCAUCCAGCGCAUCCAGUUCCUGCUGUCAUACUGUCACGGUGGGAUGGCCGGUACCUGGGCCGACAACAUCUCCAAGAUCCGCCGCAACCUUCAGAUGGGCGUUAGGGAACCCAAGGAGGCUCCGGCCUAUCUCGCGUCUUGGGUACACAUUGAACGUCACUUUCGCAUGGCCUUCGAGGACUCCAACCCCACCGCCACAGCCUUCAACAAGCUCCGCACACUCCACAUGGGCUCCUCGAUCGCCGAAGACUUCAUAUGUCAGUUCAAGAAUCUUGCCGAGGAAGCUGGGGACGACAGGGACGUCUCCCUCCUCACCACCUUCAUGCAGGCGAUCCCCUCCCACUUCCGGAUCUCCCUGGAGUCCAUGCCACUCAGGCCUGACACUCUCCCUGAGUGGAAGGCUGGGGUCACUCGUAUGGAUCGUCGCCUGAGAGAAGCCAGUGCCGCACGGCAGGCCGAGGCAUCCCGCCUGCACUCUUUCCAGUCACGGCCCCCAUCGCGCCUGCCGCUCCGCGCUUUACACCUCCUCCAGGACCUCCACCCUUGCCGCCAGGUGUUCCUAUGGACAUCGAUGCCACAUGUCGAGGAGGACAGCGAGUCUGCUAUAUCUGCCGCCAGCCUGGACACCUGGCUCACGAGUGCCCGCAACAUGCUCAGAUCUGUGCCAUUGGAGCCCCUAGGAGAACAAGAGGCUGAGGACCAAGAAGAGGAUUUUGUGUAG